AUGAUGAAUAGUAUCCUUCGAAAACAAAUGAGCUCCAAGGUAGUAGCCCAGAUGCAAGCCAUCCGUACCACUUCGGCUGCCUCCUCCUUUCACUCCUCCGUUCCGUCUGCAGCGAAUGAGUAUCAUGGAACCACCAUUCUGUGCGUGCGCAAGAACGGCAAGGUCUGCAUGAUGGGUGAUGGUAUGGUAUCCAUGGGAAACAUGAUUGUCAAGCCCAACGCUACCAAAAUUCGUCGAAUUCUACCAAAGGGAAUAGAUGACCCGCAAAAGGGGACCCUUGUGGGAUUUGCGGGUGCCACUGCGGACGCCUUUACCUUGUUGGAACGAUUGGAGGGCAAAUUGGACGAAUAUCCCGGUCAGCUUUCUAGAAGCUGUGUUGAGUUGGCCAAGGGAUGGAGAACAGACAAAUAUUUGCGGCGUCUAGAAGCCUCCUUGAUUGUGGCCGACGAGAAUGUGUCCUUGGAACUUACAGGAAAUGGUGAUGUUUUGGAAAUGAAUGAUGGAGUAGUGUCGGUUGGGAGUGGAAGUCCUUUUGCACUUGCUGCUGCAAGAGCGCUAAUGAGCGUGGAGGAAAUGUCCGCUGAAGAAGUAGCCAGCAAAGCGAUGAAUGUGGCUGCCGACAUGUGCGUGUACACCAAUAAGGAAUUCCUUAUUUUAAACAUUGAUGCUUCGGAGGCAAAAGAAGAAUGA